AAAAAUGUGGAAAAUGAAAUAAAAUCUCCAAUGGUGGCUGUCGUCUUUAAUCAUUUCAUUUCUGCUUUGAAAGUAUAUUUUAGAGAUGUUCUUCGAGAGCUAUGAAGUUGCACAUGUCCCUCUCUCUGUAAAUCGACCUUAAAUUUCCGUCAGCGACUUCAGCUUGAAAACGAAACCUAUCCCAAUUCAUGGAGGUCCGAAAACCAGAAAAGGACCAUCUAGUCCUCACCAUCGACCCGCCGGAGAAGGAACAAAUCUCACCGUCUCCGACCAGAACCAAAACCUUCCGCCGUCUCAACUUCUCUAAACCUAAAUCCCGCUUUGAGGAACCUGAUUUCUCGCGUUCCAUUCCCAGAACCAUCCCGGAAUCCACAGAUCUUCUUCAACCUCCAGUAGAAGAAGACUCCAGUUCUUCAUCUUCAUCUUAUUCCUCUUCCUCGGAGUACGAAGAUGAAGAAAUCGGACCGGAAAAUGAAGACGGAGGCAAAGGCGGACGAAGACGGAAAAGGAAGGCGAAGAGGAAGAAGAUCAAUAAACGAGCGUUAAUCGAAUGGAUAUUGUUCCUUACAAUAACCACUUGCUUAAUCUGUGCAUUAACACUUAAAUCGCUUCAAGAGAAGCAGAUUUGGAGCUUACAGGUCUGGAAAUGGUGCUUGAUCGUAAUGGUGAUUUUCUGUGGGCGUUUGGGGUCGGAAUGGCUCGUCGGACUCCUCGUCUUCAUAAUCGAACGAAACUUCAUGCUCCGCGAACGAGUCCUGUAUUUCGUCUACGGCCUCCGCAACAGCUUUCAGAACUGCACUUGGUUAGGGCUGGUUCUAAUCGCCUGGAUGAUAAUGUUCCCCGACGUUCACCACAACAACAAAGCCCUCUUAAAGGUCUUCCGAUUCUUGAUCGCCGUCCUAAUCGGCGCCACCAUCUGGCUUCUCAAAAUCCUUCUCGUAAAAGUACUUGCAUCCUCGUUCCACGUAGCGACAUUCUUCGAUCGGAUGAAGGAGAACGUGUUCAACCACUACAUCCUCGAGACGCUGUCCGGACCGCCGCUCGACGAGGAGGAGAGGGAUAACGUGAUAAAUUGCCAACGCCGGUUGCUGCAGCAGUCGAAGUCGAUGCCGGUGCGGUGGCGGGAGGGUGGCGAAGGAGGUCAGAAUUUGUCAAGAUCUAAGCGGCAGGGUUCGUGUAAGAAGAUCGAUAUUGAGAGGUUGAGGAAGCUAAGCUUGCAGAGGAAACCGUCGGCUUGGAGUGUGAAGAGAUUGGUGAGCUAUGUGAGAUCUUCAGGACUGUCAACGAUAUCGAGGACGGUGGAUGAUUUUGCAAACGCCGAAUCCGAGAUUACCAGUGAAUCGGAGGCCAGACGCUGCGCUCAGAGAGUGUUCAAGAACGUCGCUGUGCCUGGUGCCAGAUACAUUGAGGAGGAAGAUCUACUGAGAUUCCUGAAGGUAGAAGAAGUGAACACCAUUUUCCCUCUCUUUGAAGGCGCCAUUGAAACAGGAAAAAUCUCCAAAUCCGCUUUCAGAAACUGGGUGCUUCAUGCCUACAUCGAGCGGAAGGCAUUGGCACAUUCUUUGAACGACACCAAAACCGCUGUCCACCAGCUCCAUAAGCUGGCCAGCGCCGUCGUGUCUGUGAUUAUCAUAGUCAUUUCUCUUCUGGUCCUCGGCGUCGCCACCAUUAAGGUCCUCUUGGUUGUCACCUCUCAGCUUCUCCUCGUUGGAUUCAUGUUUCAAAACACUUGCAAAACCAUAUUUGAAUCGAUCAUUUUCGUCUUCGUCAUGCAUCCUUUCGACGUCGGCGAUCGGUGUGUCAUCGACGGCGUCCAUAUGUUUGUGGAAGAGAUGAACAUAUUGUCGACAGUGUUCUUGAGAUUCGACAAUGAGAAGAUUUACUACCCCAAUUCUGUUCUGCUGACGAAGCCGAUCAGCAAUUUUAGAAGAAGUCCCGACAUGUCGGAUACGGUGAAUUUCACCAUUGACGCCUCCACUUCUUUUGACAAUAUCACAGCCCUCAAGAAGGCAAUGCAAAUAUACAUAGAGAGCAAACCAAAGCAUUGGAGCCCAAAACACACAUUGGUGGUGAAAGAGAUUGAGAAUAUGGACAAGAUGAAGAUGAGUCUGUGUGUGCAGCACACCAUGAACCAUCAAAACUUCACUGAAAGGAACAGCAGAAGAUCAGACCUCAUUUUAGAACUCAAAAGGGUUUUUGAGAAUCUGGGCAUAAAAUACCAUCUCCUUCCUCAACAAGUUCUUCUCACUCACUUCAAUUUAACUAAUGCCCAAACCUUGCUCCCCUCCUCCUGAGAUUACUUCUCUGCCAAAUUUUUCAUCCCGAGAAAAAGCUUUAUAUUCAUCUUGACAAUGCAUCUAAUGUUGCUCUA